CCUCCAUAGAAGCGCAAGAUGAGCAAUUGUUGAAACUAUUAACAAUUGUGGCUCAUGAUGUUGAAAAUAUUACAAUAAAGAUACAAGAUAUUUAUCGAGAACAGAUUAUCACAAGACUUCCAGAAUCUAUGAAUGAACAACCUGCCAUCGAAGAGAGUUUAUCUACUUCAUUGUCUUCUAUGCAAUCGGAUCUUCCAAAUUUGAGUCAAAAGAUUUCAACCAUUCUCAUUAAACGAUGUACCGAAACAUUACGUCAGCACAUUCGUAGUGUUAUAACACAAUUCCGUGGAUCUAACACUAAACCCCCUACAGAAUCUUCAUAUUUUGUUCCGCAUAUUAUUAAACCACUGGUCACAUUUUGUAAGGUUAAUAAGCAGCUUCUCAGUGAUAAAAGGCGGAUUGAAUGUAAUUCAAUUGUAGCUGAUGCUGUUGCAAUACG